UUCUGCCCCAGAUGCUCCUUGAAAUGGGUGGCAGCAGCUCCUGGGAAGGGUGUCUUGACCCGCUACGGGAAGGAUGGUGAGGUCAGAAAGGAGAUGAUGUGGCCACCAUGGAGAUGCUUGCUGGGAUCACCAGCUCUCCCUGAUCCUCAGGGAGGAAGAGUGGCAGGUAAUAUUCCACGAUGUGAAUGUAUUGACUGAAAAGUUGUUUCCAAUAGUCGAAGCCAUGCAGAAACACUUCAGUGCUGGAUCCGGGACCUACUACAGUGAUUCAAUCUUCUUCUUGUCGGUCGUGAUGCAUCGUAUCAUGCCCAAAGAAAUAACGCGAAUCAUCCAGGUAGACUUGGACCUGAAAUACAAGACCAACAUCCGAGACCUGUUUGAGGAGUUUGACAACUUCCAGGAAGGAGCUGUCAUUGGGAUUGCCAGGGAAAUGCAACCAGUUUACAGGCACACAUUCUGGCAGUAUCGCCGCGAAAACCCCCAGACCAAAGUGGGAGAGCCCCCUCCUGAUGGGCUGCCUGGCUUCAACAGUGGCGUCCUGCUUCUGAAUUUGGAAGCCAUGAGGCAGUCCAAGCUCUACAACCAGCUGUUGGAGCCUGCCAUGGUGCAGAAGCUCACAGAGAAGUACCACUUCAAGGGCCACCUUGGGGACCAGGAUUUUUUCACCAUGAUUGGGAUGGAGCACCCAGAACUAUUCCACGUGCUCGACUGCACAUGGAACCGGCAGCUUUGCACGUGGUGGAAGGACCACGGCUACAGCGAUGUGUUUGACCAGUACUUCCAGUGUGAAGGUGAGGUCAAAAUUUAUCAUGGGAACUGCAACACUCCAAUCCCUGAAGACUAGGGCACCUGCCUCUUCUGGGAGAAGAUCUGCAUGGCUGUUUGGCUGGUGACUACAAUAAUCCCUACAAAGCCAUACAAGAGCCAUACAGACCCGUAGUGGCUGCACCGGUAGUCCUUCUGGAAGGGUGGCCGGCCUGAUCCAUUGCAUCCCUGGAGAAUCUGCAUCGCAGAGGGAUUCCUGAAGACCCCAGGAAUGUUCACUAUUCCACUACCUAUAGCCUCAUUGCUCCAGGAGAAAGUGCGGUUUAGUGGCCAGAGCGGGACUCUUGCAGUCGACCUGCCUAGGCUCCUUUCCUAACUCUGACACUGGCUCACCUUGUGACUUUGGGCAAGACCAUGGUGCACAUCUCUGCUACACUCUUGCCAGCAUUGACUGCCCUUCUUCCCUGCCAGGCCUGGAGGCUGCACACAGCAGUGCUAGGGACAGCUGAGGAGCUUUCAGUUGGUCACUGCUUUUGCACACUUGCUGAAGGUGCUGGCUCCUUGGGUGCUCUGCAGCACUGCACCAUCUAAUGGUUGACAGGAGUUCACAGCUAGGCAGUUGGGGGUUCAUUUUAGCAUUCCUUGGUGGCCCGUUUCUGCACCUCAUGCAGAGCAUCCGUCUGGUCUAUCUCAAGAGCAGACACUGUCCUCAGGUCAUCUUCCUUUUGAAGCAUUCCAGAUAGGCAAAAGGGUUUUAAAGACUGACAAAGCUGCUUUAAAUUGGGUUACCUAUGAACAAAAAUUGAAUGCUAGAUGAGCUUUAAAGCCUUCCGUUGGUUCUUCUUAGCAAUAAAAGCUUUACUGCCGUAUCUUGUCUUAAAAGCAUUCAGUGAGCGUGUGCAAAUAGGUUCAUUUUUGUAGCUUUGCCUUUAACCUUUUGUACUGUAAUAAAGCUGCAGAUGUAAAACACACUUUGCUGGUUUUCUGCAGCACAACUAAAGUCACAUGUCAUAGGAGUUUUUGUGUUCUUUUUAUAAUGAUUAAAAAGUAGUUCAUAAACAUC